CUGUCUACUUUUUCUAAACCGAGGCAUCGACACUUGCCCAUCGUCCACCGCAGUUUGUAUCUUCACAGUAAGACAGGUUACUCCUUCGAACCAGUUUGCAUCAUGGCAGUGGAUUUCUCCGGCACGUGGACCUCCUGCAAGACCGAGGGUUGGGCAGAGUUCCUCCAGAAGACCAAGGUCCCCAAGGGAAGCCUUCCACUACCAGCAGACAUCAAAGUGACUGAGGAGAUCAGCCAGUGCGGCGACGUCAUCACCAUCAAGUCCGCCAACAGCAUGGACACCGGGUUGAAGGAGAAAACCAUCAACGUUGGGAGUAACUUCAUCACCGAGAUGCCACCAGGCACGCAGCUGGAGUUCAGCACGGCGUGGGAGGGGAAGAAGCUGGUCCUGAGAAGGAUCGACGGGGAUGGGACCUCCACCAGGAUGAUGGAAGGGGAUCAGAUGGUGCUCGUUGUUGAGCACGAGGGCACUGUGGCCAAGACGUACUACGAGAAAGCCUGACUCAAGGAGGCUCAUAAUGGGUGCUGUCUUCACUCCUUCAGCCAUGGAGGAUAACCACUACCAUGGAAGACACAAACAUCUUUUGGUAGCCAACUUUAAGAUAAUUGAAUGUCCUUUUAAUUGAUGUAUGAUAUUGAUUCAAACCUUCGCGUUGACCAUUACUCACACCAUGUAGGAAGGAAUCGGAAUUCCUCCAAGAUCACACUGACUUUCAUCUUUAGAGGGACAUCAACAAACAUCACUCCAGACUAUAUUAAACUAAUCAUUUGAAUACCGAUGUAAAAAUAUAAAGCACAGUUGUGUUUUCCAACAUAAUACAAAUCUCACUUGUUGAAUUACUGCAUGGUGCAAGACCUACACCCUGACAUGAUUUACUGUUACUUGGGAAACUUCAUCAUGCGAAACUAAACACGCACUAAACGAAUUAUUGUUCUUACGUCAUAACCUCUCACAAGCGCAGCUGCAAUCCAGGUUUAAAAUGUUCAUUUUCCACGUUAAAUUACGUUUUAUUGAAUAUUAAAGAACAAAGUUACA